AAGGGCCUGGGAGCUCCCUCCACUGGCGCUGUGGGAAGCUUUAGCCAAUCCAAUGCACCCUGACAACAAACUGCCCAGCCAUGGCAAGGCAGGCAGCAGCGGUGCCCCGGCCCAGCACCACAACGUGAGCCAAGCACCCACCUGCAACCUGGGCUCUAAGGGUGUGGGGGCGGGCAGCCAUGGCAGCAAGGCCACUCAGAUCUCCCCUGGAAACUCUGGACUGAAAAACAGCCAGAACACUGUCCCAAACUUCAGCUCCUUGAAGGGCAAGGUGAAACGGGAACGAAGCAUCUCGGUGGACUCCGGAGAACAGCGAGAAGCCAGCACCCCUUCACAGGACACAGAAUCAAAAGGUGAGGUGGCUCCUCGUAGCAAGCGACGGUGCGUGCUGGAAAGGAAGCAGCCAUACAGUGGGGACGAAUGGUGCUCUGGGCCAGACAGCGAGGAAGACGACAAGCCCAUCAGCAGUGCACACAAUUGUAAUGUAGCAGAUCCUGCGAUGUCCACGGCCUCACAGCUUGGCCCAGGGUCCAACCCGCUGCCGAACCUGAAUGAGACCAGUUCCUCCAGCGUGCCUCAUGGUGCUGCCCCCGGCUUACGGUCAGAUGCUGCAGGAGGCGGAGGCGGCGGAACAGGAAAGCAGCCUUCGCAGUUCGUUUACGUCUUUACAACGCACCUUGCUAACACAGCUGCAGAAGCUGUGCUGCAGGGCCGAGCUGACUCCAUUCUGGCCUACCAUCAGCAGAACGUCCCGCGGGCAAAGCUAGACCAGGCGCCAGCUCCUAAAGUGCUGGGGGUCGCUGAGCCGCUUCCAAUUAACCCUCCUGCUGCCAACACUCCACAGUCCCAGCCACCGGCCCCUCAAGCGAGUCAGCCACAGCCGCAGCCUCCCCCACCGCAGCCUCCACCCCCACCUCAGACCAUCAGUCAAACACCUUUGCCUGCGCCCAGCAGCCUGCCCCAGGAAGGGACAAGUGAAGAUGUCCGGAGAGAUCUGACUCCCAACUCUUUGGGGAACAACAGCGGCAGCAACCAGCCUGGAAGUAACCACCCAAAUACGCCCACCGCAUCUGCCAACACCAUGCAGCCUGGGCAAGUGGACUCUUCCGCCACGUCCAGCUCCAGCCUCCUCGCGGAGGGCCCGGGCCCAGGGAUGCCGGGGAACGGGCAGGCAGGCCUGGGCCCCAGGAACCCCAUGAACUCAGAAGGGCUCUCGAAGGAGCAGCUGGAGCACCGAGAGCGCUCUCUGCAGACCCUGCGGGACAUUGAGCGUCUGCUGCUGCGCAGUGGGGAGGCCGAGCCCUUCAUGAAGUCCAGUCAAAAUGCAGGUGAGGGUGGGACUGCCCCUCAGCCGCAGGCUGCCCCUGCCCAGCCCCCCGUGCCCCCCACCAGCAUGAAGAAGUAUGAAGAGCCUCUGCAGUCCAUGAUCUCCCAGACCCAGAGUCUUGGUGGGCCCAACCUGGAACAUGAGGUGCCCCACCACCCAGGUGCUGACAUGGGGCAGCAGAUGAACAUGAUGAUGCAGCGGCUGAACCAGGACAGCCUGACACCGGAGCAAGUGGCCUGGAGGAAGUUGCAGGAAGAGUACUAUGAGGAAAAGCGACGGAAAGAGGAGCAGAUCAGCAUCCAUGGCCGGCCCAUGCAGGAGAUCAUGAUCCCACAGUCGAUGGGGAGCAUGAUGAUGCGUGGGCCCCCACCACCCUACCACAGCAAGCCUGGAGAGCAGUGGCCACCAGGGAUGGGCAGCCAGCUGCGGGGACCCAUAGACGUGCAGGACCCUAUGCAGCUGCGGGGAGGGCCACCCUUCCCAGGGCCGCGGUUCCCUGGGAAUCAAAUGCAGAGAGUCUCUGGCUUCGGAGGGAUGCAGAACAUGCCCUUGGAUGCUCUUGGGCCCAUGAAUGCCAUGCAGAGGCCAGUCAGGCCUGGCAUGGGAUGGAGUGACGAUAUGCCUCCUAUGGGAGGCCCUGGGAACUUUCCGCAAGGCACCCUGCCCUACCCGUCAGGGCAAGGGGACCCCGAAAGGUUCAUGAAUCCCCGUGCCAGGGAGGAGAUCCUGCGGCAUCAGCUGAUGGAGAAACGCCCAGUAGCAAUGCAGAGGCCCAUGGGGAUGUCCGGCAACUCCAUGAGCCAGGGCAUGGAAAUGGAGAGGAUGAUACAGGCUCACAGGCAGAUGGAUCCAUCCAUGUUUGCUGGGCAGAUAACGGGGGACAGCCUGAGCAGUGCCCCGAUGGGAAUGGAUUUUGCAGGCACUCGGGGGAUGCUGAGCCCCCCUAUGAGUCAGUCGGGCCUUCGGGACAUGGAUGCACCUAUGGGCCCUGGCAACCUCAACAUGAACAUGAAUGUCAACAUGAACAUGAACAUGAACCUCAAUGUCCAGAUGACCCCGCAGCAGCAGAUGAUGAUGUCGCAGAAGAUGAGGGGCCCUGAUAUGAUGGCCCACCAGGGUGUGAGCCCUGAGGAGCUGGCCAGGGCAAGGGCUCAGAAUGGCAAUGGCAGUGCAAUGCUGGGGGGACCCCAGAAAAUGAUGAUUCCUUCCCAGUUCCCCAACCAAGGACAGCAAGGCUUCUCGAGCGGGCAAGGGCCUUACCCCAACAUGCCCCAGGAGAUGGGCAGCAGCUCAGACAUGUUCAGCCCUGAGCAGGGCACCAUGCCUGUUGGGAGCAUCAGUGGCACCACCAGGCUCAGCCACAUCCCUCUGCCUCCAGCCUCCAAUCCCACUCCCACGCAAGGGGGCAACCUGGCCAACAUGCACCCAGCACCUUCCCGGGGGCUGGGCCGCCGGCCCUCUGACCUCACCAUCAACAUCAGCCAGAUGAACUCCCCCAGCAUGGGUCACCUCAAGUCUCCCACCCUCAGCCAGGUGCACUCGCCACUGGUCACCUCCCCCUCUGCCAACCUCAAGUCCCCACAGACGCCCUCGCAGAUGGUCAGCAUGCCACCUUCAAACCAGUCUGGACCCCUCAAGUCCCCCCAGGUGAUGAGCUCCUCGCUUAACGUCCGGUCUCCAACUGGCUCACCAAGCCGCCUGAAGUCCCCUUCUAUGGCUGUUCCUUCCCCCGGCUGGGUGCCGUCUCCCAAAGCCACCAUGCCCAGCCCAGGAGUCAACCAGAGCAAGCAGACUCUCAGCAUGAACUCAUCUGCUUCCAUGGGAGGACUGGAUCAGGGUUCUCUCCCUUCUGGGCCUCGGAGCAGCUCUUCUGCACCAGCCAGUAACACCUCUAGCACCAUGAAUCCCAACAUGCCUUUUACUUCCUCUCCAGAUCCAUCCCCCUCCCAGAACCCCCUCUCGCUGAUGAUGUCCCAGAUGUCCAAGUAUGCCAUGCCCAGCUCCACACCGCUUUACCACAAUGCCAUCAAAACCAUUGCCACCUCUGAUGAUGAGCUGCUGCCGGACAGGCCUAUGCUCCCACCUGGAAGCAUGUCAGGCGUGACAGGGAACCAGCCGAAUCAACUGCACUUGAACUCUGUAGGACCUGGGUCUUCUCAGAGCCCCAUGGGAAUGAACCUGCCUGGUCAGCAACCCCUCUCCCACGAACCACCCCCCACCUCCAUGAUGUCCUCCCCGAACCCUCUGGGCUCCAACAUUCCUAUGCACCCGAGUGCGCCAGGGGCGGGUGUGCCCCCCCAGAACCCCAUGAUGCUGCCCCCGGGGCCCCAGGACUCGUUGAACCAGCAGUGCGGCCCCGUGCCCAACAGUUCGCAGAUGAUUCCUUCCAACCAGCUCGUGUUCCCCCGCAUGCAGCAGCCCCACAACGCCAUGCCGUCUCCUGCCGGAGGCAUGCCCAUGGCCCCUGGUGGGGGAGGUGGCCCUGGGAUGCAGCAGCAUUACCCACCGGGGAUGCCCUUGCCGCCUGAGGACCUUCCCUCCCAGCAGCCCGGCCAGAUACCCCCUCAGCAGCACAUGAUGGGCAAGAACAUCCCACCUCGGAUCGGCGAGCCCUACCCACCCGUGCUUCCUGGGGUGGCGUCGGUGCUGAACGAUCCCGAGCUCAGCGAGGUCAUCCGCCCCACGCCCACGGGUAUCCCCGAGUUUGACCUGUCCAGGAUCAUCCCAUCGGAGAAGCCAAGCAGCACCUUGCAGUAUUUCCCCAAGAGUGACAGCCAAGCGCCCAAAUCGCAGCCUUCCAACCUCCACCUCAUGAACCUGCAGAACAUGAUGGCUGACCAGCCCCCGGUGCGGCCAGGUAUGAAUGCCCCCAGCCUCCCCGGGCAGCAGGGCGUGCAGAGGGGACUCAGCAUGCCCAUGUGCCAUCCCGGACAAGUGCCCAUGCUGGGCAGGACAGGCAUACCGCCCCAGCAAGGCAUGAUGGGCAACAGCAUGCACCAGGGCAUGAUGUCUCCACAGCAGAGCCUGAUGGCCCAGCAGAAUUUCAUGCUGAUGCAGGCCAAGCAGAGGAGCAUGUCUGUGUCGGGGGAGAUGUAUGCCCAGACAGGACACAUGAUGUCACCUCAGGGCUCUCUCAUGGGGCCCCCGCCUCAGCAGAACCUCAUGGUCACGCACCAGAUGAGGCAGAGGAGUGUCUCCCUGGACAGCCAGAUGAGUUACAUCCCCGGGCCUGGGAACAUGGCGAACCUGCCUUUCUAA